GUACUAAAAAAACUCAUUGACCACGAAUGCUCUUGGAUCUUCAUGCAACCUGUUGAUCCCGUUGAGCUCAAUUUGCCUGAUUAUUUCGAAAUAAUAAAGAAUCCAAUGGAUCUCGGCUCUAUUAAAAAACGAAUGGAGAACAAUGGCUACAAAUUGAUUGCUGAGUUUGGCGCUGAUGUGCGUCUGACAUUUGACAAUGCUAUUUCAUAUAAUGGCAACGGAUCUGAUGUAUGCAAAGUUGCCCGUGAUAUGAAAUCAACAUUU